AUGUGCUCGCACUUUUCAGCCUUCUUCCUCAUCGUUUAUUUCUUUUCUUUUUCUCUUUCUUCUUCUCCUUCCCUCCCUCUUUCUCUCUUUCUCUCCUCACCUUGUUCUAGCUUUCGACGUUGGCAAAAAAAAAAAAAAAAGGGCGUCCAUCGUCCCCACGGCAAACGGGAUUUGGCUUUCCCGCCGCGAGCUGCGAGCCUGUGGCUUUCUUUUUUUUUAUCAUGGAUCCUAACCGAGAAAAAAAAGGAGAGACGAGAGAGAGAGGCCGAGACAGAGGGGAGACAGUGGAUAGAUUCUCCCAUGAUGCAUGAGCGUUGUCAAGUCUGUUCUCCGUGGAGUCGGAGCAUCUUGACGCGACAGGAUGCUGCAUCAAGGCUUAGCUCGCUGCGAACAAGGGCUCUGGCAGACCAACGUACAGGGAUCCUGGCAACUGGCCAUCACGGCCGUGGUGGAGAUCGCAUGAUGGGCUCGAAAGCCAGGCAAAAGGUUGCUAUCACCGACGCCGUCACUGUCGACGGGCUGAGGUUUGAGGUUGAGGUUGAGGUUGAGGUUGAGAUUGAAGUUGAAGUUGAAGUCUCUUUUGACGUCGUCGUUCCUUUUAGCGGGCGGGAAAAGAAAAGCAGCGCAGCCAGAAAGUCCACCGCCGUGGAUCUCUUUGCUUCUUCUCCUGCUUCUGCUUCUUCUGAUUCUUCUGAUUCUUCAGUCGCCCACUUCGUCUCUCUCUGGCUAUGUUUUCUUAUUCUUCCUCCUUUGGCUCCUUGCUUUUUCUCUCUCUCCCUCUCUUCCUUUUCUCUUUCAGCCCUUUGGCUUUUUUUUCUCCUUACUUUCUCUCAGAAUUUCGUUACCUGGACUAACAAGCAGGAAAAAAGCAAGCAUUAA